AAAAGGGAAGUCCAAGUCCAAAUCCAAAUUGUAGGGGAACCCUCUCUUCAAAAUCAAGGGUAAAAGUAAUUCCCAGAACUCCAAGGAAAGCUGAUCGGAUGGAGGAGGUUGAAGGAUUUGGUAGGAGGCACAAGCUAGUACAGUCGACGCUGUUUCCAAAUAGUGCGAAGCAGAUUCCAGUUAAAGGAGGAGCUGAAGUAGAAGAAGAAGAAGAAGAGGAUGCAGAGGAGGAAGAGAGGUGUGCGAGUCAAGAGAACGGGAAUAAGGGGAAACCAAAGCCGAGAAAGAAGAGAAAUCCCAAGGCGACAACGCCGCACAGUAACUCAAGAGCUUCUAAGAAGGUUGCUGUAAAUGGUAGAGAAACUUCAAGCAAGGAAAUGCCUGAUGGAGAUUCUCCAGUUAUUAUCAAAAAUGAUUUCUUUCUAAAGCGUUCAGAGAAAAAGAAUCAAAAGAGGCAGCAAACUGAGCAGCUAUACUCUGAAUCGCCUGAAAAGAUCCAAAAAACUUGCUCACCUCCUGAGUUUAUUGCAAAUAAGAGGACUCCUCGGUCGAAGAAGAAGCUUGCUAGGUCGACACCUGAGAAAUGCCAAAUGGAUAAUAAAGCAAGAAAAAAUAUGCAGAUCAAUGGAUUGACAGAAGCAUGUUUGGUUCCACGUAACCUUAUGCAGGAUGAAUCAAUGUUACACUCUAUUCCCGAUCUCCGAAUGGAGGCUAAAAAGACAGCUGAGGAAAAUUCCCGCAGAUAUGCGGGAAAACAAAUACAUCCUUUUUUUCAAUCCUUGAAAAUGGGUAAGAAGAGCCAAGAAGUGAUUGAUGCGGAGAGUAACUGGUACUCUUCUGAGGGAGAGGGGAAAAGCCUUACGUUCAGCCCCAUUCAUGUAUUUGAAUUAGUUAAGGAGGAUGAAACUGCCUUUGAUUGGGGUGACUGGAUUUUUUCUGAAGCUUGUUUUCUCGAUGCUGAUGUUGUGCUAGAAUUUGGAAGCUCUUCACUCUCCGAAGAUUCCGUCAGCUCUCUACAAUUUGAUAACAUGUCGUGUAUCUCUCAUCCAAAGAAAACACUGUCACAUCAAAACAAUACUGCACAGAACCAACAUGCUAUUUCACAAGAUGAAGUGUUUUCUGAUCAUUCGUGUAGAGAAACAAAAUUAUAUCAUUCAGCAUUAUCCAUAGUUGCUGAGGAACAAGUCAACCACUUUGAGCAGCUAAAAAAUGCGGAAGUGGAAAAUGUAGGGGACUCCCUCCAACAUAACGUUAACAGUUCAGAUACCAAGAAGCAAGGCAGAUUUCUUCAAGAAAGGAUAGUGUUUGACUACCAGAACUGUCCCAGUCAGCCCAAAAGUUGUUUAUGGACAAACAAAUAUCAGCCUGAGAGAGCUUUUCAGGUAUGUGGUAAUAGCGAGCCAGUGAAACUUUUAAGUGAUUGGCUGCAUCUUUGGCAUGAAAAAGCUUCUCGCACAAGUAAAUCAUGCAUUCAUAGUGAUAGCGGUACUCCUCAAGAGUUCUCUGACAGCCUUUGUGAAAGUGAAGCUGACUCUACAAAUGAAGAACAGCUGAAGAAUGUCCUCCUGGUAUCUGGACCAGUUGGGAGCGGGAAGUCAGCCGCAAUUUACGCCUGUGCUAAAGAACAGGGAUUUCAAGUUAUUGAGGUUAAUGCAUCAGAUUGGCGAAAUGGUGCUCUUGUAAAACAGAGAUUUGGGGAGGCUGUAGAAUCCCACUGGCUUCAACGGGUGCAAAAAGAUCUAGUGUAUUCAGAAGACAAACUAGUGUCUGGCGGUGGAGUUAUUGAACCGAUACCUUUGUCUGAUGAGGAAAAUGCUCCAAACGCCUCUGGAGUACAAAGAAAACAAGUCUGCAGGGAGGAGAUUACUGUUAAUCAUCAGGGUGAAACUAAGACUCUAAUUCUUUUUGAGGAUGUGGAUACUGCUCUCUGUGAAGACCGUGGUUUUGUCUCUACCAUUCAACAACUUGCGGAGACUGCAAAGCGGCCCAUGAUAUUAACUAGCAAUAGUCAAAAUCCGGUGCUCCCAAACAAUUUGGAUAGGCUAAAGUUGUGUUUUGUGAUGCCAUCUUUGGAGGAGCUCCUUGGACUUGCACACAUGGUUUGUGCUGGAGAACAAGUUAAAAUUCACCCAAUGCUGGUAGAGCGGUUUGUAGAUCAUUGCCAAGGAGAUAUUCGUAAAACUAUUAUGUAUCUCCAGUUCUGGUGUCAAGGCCAAACUUUGGAGCAAGGUGGUAACCUGCAGCUGAGAUAUAGUCCUCUUCAGUUUGAUCUAGAUGCUGGUCAUCUGCUGCUACCAAAAAUUAUCCCAUGGGAUGAUUUGCCAUCUCCACUAUCAGAACUUGUGGAUGAGGAGAUAACAAAGUCGAUAAGGGUAGAAGAAGAAAGCGACUGGAUAACUGAGAAAGCUGAGGAAGACGAGCUAAUCAAUACUCCAGAAAAGAACAAUUCAAGGAAUCACGAUAUGGGUGCAAACAAUGUUAAUGGAAAAAAGAACGCGAUGUUGAGCUUGCUGUACUCGUUUCAGGAUCACAAUGAGUGUACUAUAUUUGGUUCUAACUCAGAAUUUUCUGAUGCCUCUGAAUCACCAAUUGCAUUCACUCGUAGAAAUAUGCUGAGAAAACUUGAUAGAGUUAUGUCUUCAGAUUCGGAGGAGGAAUGCAGCAGAGUUCCCUUGUCUUUAGAUCAACCUGAUACCGUAAAUGAAGAGAUUGAAACAGCAUGCAGUUCUCCCUCCCAUUUUUCAGCCACUGAAAUCUCCUGCAGUUUAUCAACUGAGAAUCUUCAUUUCAAAGCAAAAAGGUUGAAAAGAAAUUACUUGGAGACGACUGAUUAUUCUACUAUGCAUGUCGUAAGCAAGUCUGUUAAUGUCUCCUGUGUGCCAGAGUCAUCAUUCAUCCCUGAGACUCAACUUACUGCUGGUUCAGAAUUAAUUUCAACUACGGAGUCAUAUAAUGAUGUUGAUGUCAAAGUUGAGGCAAAUUAUUGUAGCACUCUGUCCCUUCCAAGUAUGUAUCCACUCAAGGUUGAGAAACUUGAUGAAACUGUUCUUCCAUCUUCCGAGUAUCUGGAGUUGCAGGGUUGUAGUUCUGAUAGGAUAACAAAAUCAAUUCCUGGUGAGGUUGGUAGUUCUGAUAGAAUAACAAAAUCAAUUCCUGGUGAGGUUGGUUGUUCUGAUAGAAUAAAAAAAUCAAUUCCUGGAGAACUCGUUGAGCAUUUUAACGGACGAUGCAUGGAGAAUGUUCCAAGUGGAUAUCGGGUGUUGGACGAGUGUAGCCGUAUGGACUUCAGUAAAACUUCUACAUCCUUUAAGUCUACUGCGCAGCUUAACCUGAAUACUUCUGUACAGGAAACAUGGAGAAGACUUCGUGAAGGUUACCUGGAUCUGAAACAGUAUAUCACCCCAGAGCAGAAAGAAUCUUCUCAGAUUCUUAAUGUUGCUCAUGAAAUGAGUGAUCUAAUUUCAGUGGCUGAUUUAUUACUUACUGACUGCAAUCACCUCCUACACGAUUCUUUGGAGCUGUCAGUAAUCCCUAUCAAAGAAUCACAUUCGUAUAACUGGCAUGAUAACCAGUUGAAGAUGUUUUCAGUUUUUGCUCAACAUGGAGUUUGCUUUUUUGCGAAAGAAAUUGCUUCUCUCGGACCAAGCACCUCAUCUGUAUAUGAGGUGGAUUUGACCCGGGAGAUGUUGGCAUCCACCAACAGUACAAUGGCUCUGGGAAAGAUGGUGGGGCAGAGUAGGGAAAAACACGAGAGUUUGCAUUUAAGGCUACCGAGAAUUUGUCAUUCCUUUAGAAGCAAAGUGGAGGCAAAUGCAUACAACUUACUUCAGUCUGUUGUCCCGUUGCGCUCACACAUUGCACUGAAAGGUGAUUCAUUUCAUGAAUAUCUGUCUUCAUUGAGCCAAAUUUCAAGAUUUGGAACUACCCGGUUAUUAGAAAGCAUUGAUAGAAGACAGAGAAGGGGACGAGCUGGUCUACACUACCUGAGUUCUGGUAGAUUAGCUUUGUCUCAAGAUGAUGUCUCAUUACUGGGCCAAUAUAAUUGCUACCAGAAAGUUUCACCAGGGUCAGAGGCUUAAUGUACAUAUAAUUUACUAGAGAUGGAUCCCUCCUACCAAAUGAAGUGGGAAAGGGAGGCAAUGUACAAUCAAUUGUUGUUUAUGGUAAUAGCCACGGGCAGGCAGUAGUUAAUUUGCCUGAAAGCGUGGACGACAGGAAUAAAGGUUAGGAAUAGGCCACACUAAUUUAGUUGCAGAAUGUAAUUCAGUUAUUCCUUCAUUUUUAGUUGUGCCUGCCAAAACUAUACAACUUUUUACAGUUAGUAAAUUCAAAAUGGAUGUUCGAGCCCAUUCUUUUACACGUUUGACAUUCUUGUCGUAGUUCCUGAUGAUGUCUCUAUAUUUCCCAAUUUUCUGUUCCCCAAAUCCACUGUCAAAAAAAAAACAUCAAGUUAAGCACUAAAUCCAGUGAGACGGGACAAAAGAAUGGACAAGCAUUGAGAUUUCAAUAUCUUGCACAUUUGAAAUUGUUUGAUGAUCAAAAAAUCCCGUUGCUUUGAUAA